CAACAAAGUAUCACUCUACAGUCUACACAACACUCAGCUCUCGAAAGUUGAAACCACUCAAAAACUCAAAGUGUGUGCCUGUCUUAGUCUCACAAAUCACAAUGGCUCGCCACCCAUUCUGUCUUCUAAUAACACUAACACUAGCAUUCCAACUCAUUGUUUUCUUCUCCUACUUCGCAUCUGCACGAACACCCACCAAUGUUGCACCCCAACCCCAAGAUCUGGUCCGUUCAUCUUGUGAACACGCUAGCUACCCCAACGUCUGUAUCCGCACACUCUCGUCCUACACUGGACCAGCCAAGACUCCCAAAGACUUAGCCCAAGCUGCGGUGAAAGUGAGCCUGUCACGAGCCAAGCGAGUCUCCAACUACUUGGCCCAAGUGAGCGAAGCCAAAGACUUGAAAAUCAGCAAGAGACAGAGAGGUGCGCUGAGUGACUGUGUGGAGCAGAUAUCGGAGUCGGUGGAGGAGCUGAGGCAGACGCUGAGCGAGCUGAAGCACCUGCGUGUUGAGACUUUCAGGUGGCAGAUGAGUAAUGCUGAGACUUGGGCGAGUGCGGCUUUGACGUAUCAGGACACGUGUCUUGAUGGGUUUCAAGGGGUUGAUGGGAAGAAGCUCAAGUCUGAUGUGAAGAGGAAGAUUAGGAAUGUGGGUAAGGUUACUAGUAAUGCUCUCUACAUGAUCAAUCGCCUUGAUGAGAGUCGUGGUAAAGCCUAGCCUAGAUUAUUGAGAGUAAAAUUUUUUUAUUUUUUUUUAAUUUAUCUUGGUGAAAAUGAUGAUGAUGGACGGUCCUGAUCACUCUGUGUUACUGUGUAGUGUGUAUCAUAUGAUAUAUUUAUAUAUUAUGCAACUUUUGAAUAUCAA